GGGGGCCCGGCCUGGUUUGUUCUCUUUGUGGUAGAUAGGUGAUCGACGACGAAAGCCAAACAAAACCUUCGUUUUCUUUCCCCUUCAUAAGUCUCAUCAAACUCACUGUUUCUGCAUAUGCUUAGGAGCACCAUAGCUCUCCAUCUAUCAAUUCUUGGUUCAAAAUUAUUUGUAGUUGUUAGUACUACAAGUAGCUCAAAUAGCCCUAGAUUUUGUGCUUUCUAAUCUAUCUUGAACCUCCGGAUCGAGUACUUUCCCAUCUCAUCAUGUCCAUCAUGUCUUCUCUUUUCUUCACCCUUCUGUGUUUUUCUUCCAUGCAUGCAAAUUCUGAGGCUCGCUAUAUUGGACUUGGCCGCAGCCAUAGGGGUUUUCGAGCGCUGUUCCCUCAUUCGGACAAGGGUCAGUUUCUAGUUGUGGAAAAGUUGAGGCUUGGAAUAGAUUGGAGUACGAAAGGGUCGGUACUAGUUAAGCAGGAUGAUGAUCUAGCUGGUGAGCAGAAGGGUAAUCAUGGUAGAGUUGUCAGUAGUAGUAGCAGUAGUAGUACUACUACUACUACUACUAAAGGGAAAUUGGAAUACGCAGGAAGUGAGAUUUUUGAGUCUUCUAGUUCUACUUCUGCUCACAUGGGUUUGCAUAAAGAUAAAGCAACAACUACUGUCACUAAGGAAUCAAGAAGGAGAGGGCUAUAUGCUAAAGAAAGACAGACUAACAAAGUAGAAGAUGAUGAUGAUGGUGUGGUGCUUGACGAUUAUAAGCCACCACAUCAGACACCUCCCAUUCACAACAGAAGAACUUGAUCUAAUUGGUGGUGAUAUAUGUUGGAAUAGCAAUUCAUUAUAGAAAUAUGGUUUUUGGAUGGUGGGAUACGACUAACGUACAACUACGUACGAGUCUAGGCAUUACUUUGUUGAUCGUUGAUCAAAGUUCGGAGAAACAAACGGAAAUGGGCUUUUUCACCUUGUAAUACUAUA